UCCGAGCGGCUCGGCCCGUGGUGGGGCGGGCGGCGGGGGUGCUAUAUAAAGGCGCGCUGGCGGCGGCCCGCGCAGUGUGUGAACCCCAGACCCGUCGCCAACCCAAACCGCAUCCACCGCACAAACGACAUGUCGCUGCAACGCCAGGUCCAGGCCAAGCUCGCUGGAAAGAGAGACCCCCAGCAGGAGAAGGAGGCUCAGGCAUGGAUUGAAGCCGUACUGGGGAAGAAGUUCCCGCCAGGAGAGGCCUACGAGGACGUCAUCCGGGACGGCGUCGUCCUGUGUGAGGUCAUGAACAAGCUGAAGCCCGGGGCCAUCCCCAAGAUCAACACCUCUGGCGGACAGUUCAAGAUGAUGGAGAACAUCAACAAGUUCCAGCAAGCACUGAAGGACUACGGAGUACCUGACGUCGACGUGUUCCAGACUGUCGACCUGUGGGAGAAGAAAGACAUCGCGCAGGUCACCACCACCCUCUUCGCUCUGGGCAGGACGACCUACCGCCACCCAGAGUGGAAGGGACCCUACCUGGGGCCAAAGCCGUCCGAGGAGCACAAGCGCGAUUUCACGGAGGAGCAGCUGCGCGCCGGCGAAGCCAUCAUCGGCCUGCAGGCGGGCACCAACAAGGGCGCGUCGCAGGCGGGGCAGAACAUCGGCGCCCCGCGCAAGAUCCUGCUCGGCAAGUGAGCGCCGACGCCGACAGCGCCACCGUCACCGUCACCGUCAUCGUCAUCCCUCCACCGCCACCACUAGCGCGCGCGCCCGCGCACGAGCCCGCCGCCUCACGCACAUCGCCUCCUCACAGCAUGCACACGCACCACACUCACCCGCUCACACACGCACGUUCGCACGCACGCCGCUCGACCCCCUGCGCCGCCUAGCCGGCUGCCGGCGACGACACCCGCACCCGGAGACGACCGGGGCUCCCGCACAGUCGGUACCAGCCCCGCUCCUCGGCAGCCGCCGACCGCAGGGGAUGAUGAAUACACUGAUAAUGAUUGCUCCCUUGGAAAAGAAACGUACGAUAAAUGCCCUGAAAAAUCGCAACAUCGUCUCUGAAACAGGAAAAUAAAGAAAGAUCGUAGAUUGCAUAACAUUCGUACAGACCAAACUUCGGUGUAUUAAUUUGUAGAAAUUAUCACCUUUAGGUUAUGUAAUUAUUUUAAAUGUGUGGUACCAUUACUAUCACUCCUUUUAUUCUUUCUUUUGUAAGAUCGUAUUUAGAUUAAAUAAUCAUUAAUAUUAAUGUUUUUCUUGUUUGCCUUAAACAUAACAGUAACAAUAAGUAAUAACGUAAUGAUUAAACCUAGAUGUUACUUCUUCUUUUGUUUUCAAAGUUAUAUCGUUGAAUUAAUAUUAUCAAUUUUAUUUUUGCACUUAGACUUAAUGGCGCGAUUAUUUAAAAUGCACGUAAUCGUGAUAUCUGACAAUUUGACAUGAAAACUAUACAGAGUUGUGAGUUCGUCACCGAAACAAAUCACAUACCGUGCCGAUAGGGAUAUCAAUAGGGAAGUAAGCAAAAUUAAGCAGAGUGUAUGUGUGUGCAUGAAUUGUGUUUGAAACAUUGUUGAGACCUGUGUCUAUCCAUUAUGGAAUCAUUCUUUGUAUUGUAUCCAUUUCGAUUCAAUUAAAACUUUUCUUGCAUCACUCAUA